AUGUUGUUCAAAGGCGGCAGGCUUGAGACUCCUGUGCCCACCGCCAUCUUAGUCUGGUCGUGGCUCUUCGCCAAUGCCGCCCCAAACUGCCCCUUCAACCGCCAGCAGACCGGUGGCUUUCGCGACGCCAACACGGGCGAAUUCAUCUCUUUCACGGCCCUCACGUCCCUGGCGACAAAUCUGUCCACCUCGCUGGCAUCCAACUAUGCCAUCAAGCCCGGCAGCCACGUCACCAUCUUCUGCAGCAACAGCGUGUGGUACCCCGUGCUGACAUUCUCGACGGUCCGGCUGGGCGGGAUCGUCACGGGCUCGUCGCCGGAGUAUGGCGUCGAGGAGAUGACAUAUAUCCUCAAAGCGAGUGAAUCUGAACUCGUAUUUGCGGAUACUGCGUCGUGGGAUACGGUAUGCAGAGCGGUGCGAGAGGUCGGGGUGGGGACGGAUCGAGUGGUUCUCGUAGGGAGUGAGGAUGAUGUCCGUGGUCAGAGGGAUAGGGUGUCUAUUCAUGACUUGAUUGCGCAGGCGAAAGGGAAGGGUGAUGAAGGCCAGGUCGAGGCUUGGACGGUUCCAGAGGGACGAUCGAAUAAAGACAUUCCUUGCUUUUUGUUGUUCACCAGUGGAACGACGAGUGCGCCGAAGGGUGUCAUGAUAUCUCAUCACAACGUCAUCGCCCAAAUGAUGCAGAUGCAAUCUUGGACGGUCGAGAAGUGUCCUAAAGUUCUCCUGGGAGUUUUGCCUCUCUAUCACAUCACUGGCAUUGUCCAAAUCCUUCAGCUUCCGCUGGUUCUCAAUCAGCAAGUCAUCAUGAUGCCCAGAUUCAACAUGAAGGAUAUGCUCGAUGUCAUUUACAAGUAUAAGUGCGACGAAUUGUGGCUGGUUCCGCCUCUAUUAAUUCGACUUGUCAACGAUCCAGUCGCGGCCGGAUACAAUCUGGAACAUGUCCAACAGUUCAAUACGGGCGCAGCGCCGCUUUCCAAAGAAAUCAUUGACAGACUAGCUGUACGGUUUGGCCAUAUCCGGAUCAGACAAGCCUGGGGGAUGACUGAAAGCACCUCCGCGAUCACUCUCACACCACCAACUCACCAGACGUACCCCUAUGCCCACAGCGUCGGAAAGGUCGUGCCCGAGACAGUGAUCAAGAUCAUCGAUCCCGAACACGCAGGCCCAGGAGAAAAAGUCCUCGGCGCUGGCCAAAGCGGCGAAGUCCUCGCCAAAGGCCCCCAAAUCACCAUGGGCUACUUCAACCGCGCCGAAGCCACCGCAGAGACCUACGACGCGGAGGGAUUCCUGCACACAGGCGACAUUGGAUUCAUGCGAGACGACGGGUUCCUGAUCAUCCACGACCGCCUGAAGGAGAUGAUCAAGGUCAAAGGCGUCGGCAUCGCACCCGCGGAACUCGAAGACCUCCUCUUGGGCCACCCCUUGGUCGCCGAUGCGGCUGUAAUUGGCAUUCCUGAUGACUAUGCAGGCGAGGUUCCCAAGGCGUUCGUCACUCUGGUUGAUGCGUCGAAAGCUGGGCCGGAGACCGUGCGUACCCUCGCUGACUUAGUCAAGGAAAAGAAGUCACGGCCGAAGUGGUUGGCUGGUGGUAUUGAGUUUGUGGAUUCUGUGCCUAAGAGUCCUAGUGGGAAAGUGUUGAGAAGAGUGCUGAAGGAUAUAGAGAAGGAACGGCGGGUGAGGGGGGCGAGGAGUGUCGGGGCGAAGAUAUAG